AUGGACCCCGAAUCUGUGGAUACGCUCUCGUCGUCCCUCUACUCGAGUCUCAAUUCCCUCACUCUCCCCGGCCCAGCGAUUCCGGGAGUCUACGCCGUUGACAGCGCGGCCGCAGGGGCUCCGAUCGACGUGCGCCAAGUGCUAGAAGCCCUUCUUGCCCAGGGGAAGGUGCUCGAUGCCUUGGAAGUCAAAGCGGACCACGUACUCUCGGAGGCGGUAAAGCUGUCGGUGAAGCUGCAGGAUAUGGAGGAUGAGCUGGCGGAGGCGAAGGAGGCGUUGAGGGAGAAGGCGGAGGCGGAGAGAUUGACUGGGACUGAGUCGAACAGUAUGGGAAGGGGAGUGAAAGGACACGCGGAGCAGUGUGAUAGUCAAUUGCAGCAGGACGCAGAUCAACGCCAAGUUCUGCUCGACCAGAUCAUGGCGGCAUUAAACCCUCCUGUCACCUCCCAGUCCAGCUCGAAUGAAGGGGCUGCUCCAAUCUGGCAAUCCGGUCCAACGAGGGUCAUCAUAGGACGGAAGGCCAUCAAGCGUCGCGAGGAUCAAUCCCGCGUAUUCGAGUACCUGGUGAAGCAGGCAGGUGAUUCCGCGGACGACUCCAUCUGGGUCCACGAGGACGACUUGCCGUCCACAGUCGGCGCUAGCGCUUCUCUCGCUAUCGACUCCUUCCUGCGUGACUGCGCAGAUAACCAGAUCGAAACGGGGCGUAAGAUGGCGUUACUUCCCGAGGCACGUAUGUGGUGGGACGAGCGGGGUAAGAGGAGGGAGGAGCCUAGUCCAGGCGAAGGGUCCGCCAGUCAGGCGAGUCGAGUCGUUCAAGAUCUCUGA